GUACUAGCCAAUACUGCAAUUGGCAACGAGUUAAGUACGAGCGAGACAAGUGAUUAAAAAAUGGCAUCCGCGCCGACGUCGCACAAUGAGGUUUCCCAGGAAUUCUCUGUCAACAAACUCAUACGUGUCGGUUAUUACGAACUGGAAAAGACUAUUGGCAAGGGAAAUUUCGCCGUAGUUAAAAUGGCCACCCACGUCGUAACAAAAUCUAAGGUUGCUAUUAAAAUAAUAGAUAAAACUAAACUAAAUGAAGAAAACUUAGCAAAAAUUUUUCGUGAAGUACAUAUAAUGAAAAGGUUACGACAUCCACAUAUUAUAAGACUAUAUCAAGUAAUGGAAACGGAAAAAAUGAUAUAUUUAGUGACAGAAUAUGCUCCUGGAGGUGAAAUAUUUGAUCAUCUUGUUCGAAAUGGUAGAAUGCCAGAACCAGAAGCACGAAGAAUUUUUCGUCAGAUAGUACUUGCCGUUCGUUAUCUGCAUCAACAGAGAGUGGUUCAUCGAGAUCUUAAGGCUGAAAAUUUAUUGCUUGAUGCAGACAAUAACAUAAAACUUGCUGAUUUUGGAUUUAGUAACGAAUAUACACCUGGUGUUCCACUUAAUACAUGGUGUGGCUCACCACCAUAUGCUGCACCUGAAAUUUUUGAGGGAAAGCAUUACGAUGGUCCAAGAGCUGAUGUAUGGAGUCUUGGUGUUGUCUUGUAUGUAUUAGUUUGUGGUGCUCUACCAUUUGAUGGACCUACCAUGCAGUUGUUACGAUCUGUAGUUGUCUCAGGGAAAUUCAGAAUACCAUUUUUUAUGUCUGCAGAUUGCGAAAAAUUGAUUAGGCAUAUGUUAGUGGUAGAACCAGAGCGGCGUUUAAGUAUCUCACAAAUAUUAACACAUUCAUGGAUGUGUGCAAAUGGAGUCGUAGAAUUAGAACCUGGAGGAUGUAAUCCUGAUGUAGUACCACAAUUAAAUCAAUUAGUGAUAGAAAAUAUGUUAAGAUUGCCUGGACUCAGUGCAGAUACGUUGUUACAAGCCAUCAAAGGAAAUACUUUUGAUCAUGUAUCAGCUAUAUACAAUUUACUUGUUGAUCGAUUAGAACCAACAAUGCCUAAUUUGCCUAAUAUUCAAAAUAUAUCAGGCGAUUAUUUGCCAGAUGGUGCACAUCAAUUGGAGAAGUUUGGUGAAACCGAAGCGGAAACAGAAGAGAAAAGUAGUCUUUAUUUGCCUUCUGGUACGCCUUACCAUACAACAAGAAGACAUACAGUUGGACCUGGUGAUGCAGUGCACCAAUCUCCUGCAUCAUAUCCUUAUAAUCAUAUGUCGGGAUAUCAAACUUUACGACCUUUUCCUAUUCUUCAUUGCAAUAUGGAUCCUCAAGUUUUACCACAUACAAAUUUACCAUUAAAUCUUCCUUUAGUUCAACACCAACCACCUCAAAAUUUCCAAAUAAAAGAUCAGCAUUUACUGAAGCCACCUCCACAACUUCUGGGUGCCACGGGAAGCUUUGGUAGAAGAGCUUCAGAUGGUGGAGCAAAUCUGCACAUAUUUCAUCAACAACAUAGUAAUAAUAUCAACAAUGAUGAAGAAGGUGGCUGGAGUCAACCUGGUAGUAGGGAACAAUUACAGUCUUUACAGAGUGGCAAUUCAGGAUUAGUACAAUGUGCCCAGUCAUUAAGUAUUGGUGUUAGUACUGCGAAUGGAGAUGGGAGUAGUAACAACAGUGGUAGUAAUAAUGGGAAUAGUGAUAGAAGAAGAAGAAGUGGUCUUAGCACUGUUAUGCAGCGGCCAGUUAUAAACUCGGAACUGGUAAUGGAGGUAGAAGCUAGGAUGAAUAGAGCUUAUCUACCAUCACGGUUGUUACCAACUCAUCUUAGAGGAUCAACACUUCCACAUCACAGAAAAUCUUCAUUAUAUCACACUAGUACUGUAAAUAAUAGGGAUUCAUAUAAGGAGCCAAGCAGUCAUGUUGUUACUGAAAGAUACUCACCUGUUCGUCGGGCAUCAGAAGGAUCGGGUGCUCCUGGACCAGGUAUUCAAGCUCUUCAACAAGAGUAUCAACAGUUACAAAGAUUGGCAUCGCCUUCACAUAGCCCUGCAAGUAUUCCAGGAUCUCCUGUACAUGAAAGAGGUGUAGCAGCAAUUACGCAAGGUCUCAGUGGUUUAUCUACGACGCCAGUACAGGGUAGUAUUGUACACGGUACACCAGCACAACCACCGGCAACACCUUUAGAUCUAAGUCCACUUAGGCAUCAUAGAUCACCUGCUACUACUCCCGUGAGUUAUUCCCCUAGUAAUAGCCCAGCAUUGGAUAUGAUACAAGAAGAACAUCCUGUAGAAAUACCAAGGGUACCACCGCAAAUUUCAGUGACAGAUGUUCUCGGAGGACAAGUGACGUUAAUUAAUUGUUCGCCUUCUCCGUCGCCGUCGCCUGAUUCACUUGAAGAUGCAUUACCUCAUUAUAACACUCUUCCGAGUUUUAUUAUUUCAGAGCCAUGCGAUCCUUUGAGACCUAGUAUCACACGCGGUAUCGGUAGACCACUUACUAAUACAAUACCUACCGAAGUCGAGGUUACUUUGUCUGAUGAAUCGAGCAGAUUAAAUUCUGAAGCUAUAUUAGGUCGUGUUAAACAAAUAAUAGACGCAAGAGCGCCACCAAAAGGUUUUAUAUUUUCAACGGAGGAAGUAGAAGGUAGUGGACUUAGUUUAGAAUAUCCAGGUGGCGUACAAAUCGAACUUAGAGUGUGUGAAUCGGAAGAAAGGGAAGUGAAAGGAAUAAAAAUGCGUAGGAUUAGCGGGGACCAAUUGCAAUACAGUCAACUUUGUCAGCAAUUGAUUUCAUGUAUUACUGUUUGACGACAACUAACAAAUAAUGUAACAUUUUUGUAUACAUUACGUUACAUUCCUAGUGUAACACACACUGUUCAUCACUGUUUCAGUAUUGCACAUACACAUUGCAUACAUGAUGUUGCAUACACAAACGGUAUUUUAAAAUUGCCAUCCUAUAUAUAUAUAAUAACAUUAUUAUGUUAUUAUAUUUGUAUGUGUAACAUUCAGUGUAUUAUAUUAUUUUUAAUGUUUACUUUGAGAGAUAAGAUAAGAGCCAUCUUAUUUAUAACACAAAGUUGUAAUUAAGGAGAUUUAUUAGAUAUAUUUAUAUUUUUUAAAACAUUCAACUAUUAUAUGCAUAUUUAAUAAUUCUUAAAAUUGUAAUAUACUUUUUAUUUUCUUUAAUUUUAAUUAAAUAAACGCGAAAAACUCAUUGAGCAAAGGAAAAUUUUAAUGAGAGAAUUUGUUUAUUAGUAUGCGUAAUAGGUAUUAACAAUAGUAUUUGUUGUAGAUGUACACAAUAAAUCACCGAGUUGUCUUAUGCAUUUUAUCUGCGGUACAUGUGCAUCAAAUGCUAUUGUUCUUUAUUAUAAUUUACAAUGUUCCUUUUCUUAUUAUAUAUAUUUUCUGUGUUAGAUAGAUAUAGGCAAACAAUUUCAAAUUUCCUGAUUUAUAUUGUUAAAUAUUUGUUACAAGGAAUGGAAAGAUAAGGACAUUGUCAUUUGUAUUUGGCAAGUGUAUAAAUAUAUAUUUUUUUUCUUUUCUUGUGUGUGCCACAUACAAUCUACAGCAUGAAUAGAUAUUAAUAAAACAAAACGAUUUUACUGUAGUCACAUUAUGAAAAUGUCGUUACAGUAAAUAAAAAUUUAUGACAACAAUGUACACAUUAAAUUAUAUAAUGUGUACUUAAAAUAUAAAAUUAUAUAAAAAAAAUAUGAACAUGUGAAUAGCAUCAUUUCUCUAUUGAGAAUUAUCAUGUAUAAAAAAUACAUGUCCAAUGAUUUUUGGUAUAAUAACAGUAUGUGUGAAUAUAUAAUUCAAUUUUCCUUAUAGAAUGGAUGCAUGAGUGGAAUAUUUUUAUUUAUUAUUACAAAUAUGUGUAAUUUUUUUUAAAUUUUUUAUUACUUGAACUUGUAAUUGUUAUAAAUGAUAUACAGAUAAAUCAUUUAAUAUUAUCACGUAUAUAAUUCUUUUACUAUUAUAUUGUUUAAAAAAUGGUUUGAAACAUGGAUGUAUAUAUAUGUGAUUUUAAGAUGACAUAUGUUGUAUAAGAAAUUUUUGAUAUCAUAUACUUACUAUCAAAUUUCUCAAGAUAAUCUCUAUUUUUUAAAAUAACUAUUUAAUAUUUUUUUGUAAAUAGAACAUUGCAAAUAGGGCUAUAUUCAAUCAAAUCCAAUAAGCUAAGAGAUUACGUUAUUUAUUCAAUGAAAGUGAAAAGGGGCUAAUAAGAGCCAAAGCACACAAGUCUCUGCAAAUAACCAAGCAUGAUUAAUCAUAUUAAACUAAAGCACUGCACAUUGUUGAAUGUUUGUUGUACGUUUGCUACAUCGAAAUAGAACGCGUAUAUAGACACGUGUUAUAUACAUAUAUUGUACAGAGUGUCCCCGAUAAUAAGAGUAUCACUUCUCGUGUAAUUAGAGCGGAUUAAAUCGAGAAGAAAAGUCCUUUACUAUUUUGCAAUUUUAGCAAUAAUUAUUGAGAAAUUAAGUAAGAAAAUCGGCCAAUAUAAGCGACAAGAAAAGACGGUCUAUUGGUAUGCUAUCACUAAGACACGAGGAUCCAACAUUAUGUACCGCUCGUCAUAUGUAACUGUUGUCAUUUGUAAAGCGUUCCUUCCAAAACAGCGCCCAUCAACCAUAUAUUUUUGGGUGGUUGUCUUUUUUCGCCGCACAAAUUGGUCAAUCUUUUUUAAUUAAUUUCUCAAUAAUUAUUUCAAAAUUGCUAAGACUAAAUGAUAAGACAUUUCUCCUGAGUUUUAUCUGCUUUAUCUGCACAUUAGAGUUGAUACAGUCAAUAUGUCAGACACUUUGCAUAUAUUAAUUUUAUCGUUUAUGUUAGAAAUUAUAUAUGAGUGUGUGGAUGCCUGAAUGUGUAAUAUAUAUGUGUGUGUGUGCGUGUGUGCGUGCGUGUGUGCGUGCGUGCGUGUGUGCGUGGUGUGUGCGUGCGUGCGUGUGUGUGUGUGUGUGUGU